UAUCCUAUUGCUACAUGGUUUAUUAUAAUUAAUGAAUUAUGUGAGAGAUUUGCUUUUUAUGGAUUUAAAACAAUCUUGUCAUUAUAUUUAAAGAAGUAUUUGCUUUUUUCUGAGGAUAACGCAACUGUAAUUGUACACUCAUUUGUAUUUUUAGCUUAUUUCACUCCAUUGAUUGGAGGUUUUUUGGCAGAUGCUGUUUUAGGAAAAUAUUGGACUAUUGUAAUUUUGAGCUCCAUUUAUUGUCUUGGACAAAUGGUUAUCAGUGUAACUGCUAUUGAUGGGUUGACUGGAACACCACCUCAUUGGUGGGGAUGUGUGGUCGGUUUGAUUUUGGUUGCAAUUGGAACAGGAGGAAUUAAAUCUUCUGUUAGUACAAUGGGUGGUGAUCAAUUUAAGGAGAAUCAAACCGAAUUAAUUGCUUCAUUCUUUGCUGUAUUCUAUUUUAGUAUUAAUCUUGGAUCAACUGUUUCAUCAUUUGUUUCUCCAAUUAUUAGAACUAGUUUUGGUUAUGCAGUAGCCUUUGCUGUUCCAGCUGUAUUAUUGGUUAUUGCUACCGCCAUCUUUGCCCUUGGUAAGAGAUGGUAUGUCAUAGUUCCUCCAACUGGAUUCAAAAACAAUCCACUUUUCAAAUUUUGCAAAGUAUUGGCCACAGCAUUCUCAUUAUUAUUCAAGAGAGGAAACCAACAACCAAUUCAAGACGAAUCAUCUGAAACUGUACCACUAGAUGAUGAACCAAAGAAUUGGAUUGAUAGGGCUGUAGUUAAGCACUCAAAGAAGGAUGUCUAUGAUGCCAAAUGUGUUUGGAGUGUAUGUGUAAUGUUAUUGCCAAUUAUUGUGUUUUGGAGUUUGUUCGAUCAACAUUCGAGUAGAUUCGUAUUCCAAGCUGAAUUGAUGGACAGAAAAGUUGGUACAUAUGAAUUUGGAGCUGAUCAAAUUACCACUUUAAAUCCUGUUCUUAUUAUCUUUUUGGUCAUUAUAUUCGAUAGAGUAAUUUACAAAUUCCUCAACAAGUUUUUCAAUUUGACUCCAUUGAAGAAGAUUUCAAUUGGUAUGGUAAUUGCUACUCUGUCAUUUGUUUGUGCUGCUAUUGUUGAGACCUUUGUUAGAAUGCGUCCUCAUCAAGUUCACGUUGCUUGGCAAAUUCCUCAAUAUGUUUUAUUGUCUGUUGGUGAAAUUUUGGUUUCUGUUACUGGUAUCGAAUUUGCCUAUUCACAAGCUCCAAAAGAAAUGAAAUCUCUCAUGCAAGCCUAUUACUUGCUCACUGUUAGUAUGGGUAAUGUAGUUGUGGUUAUCGUUGCAUCAAUUCCACUUCCUGAAGCUCAAUUCAAACAAGUUUAUGAAUUCUCUUUCUUUGCCUUCUUGAUGAUUGUUGCCCUUGUUAUUCAU